CUCGAAAAUGGAUACGGACCAGGCUAGAGUGAAGACUAUCCAGCGUGUUGGUGAAGAAAACCCUUGUUCGAAAGCGCUUGCGUUCAAGAAGAAAGACACAACGCGAUCAAUUACGGUUCAACAGAAUGUCGAAGAAAAGUGGAAGAAGCAACUUCGGCAUCCCCAUCUGUUCUGUAUCAAUCUAGGGGAUAAGGAAAAAGGCAAAGAGUCAUGGUUCCCUCCUGAAUGCCUUCGAUUACUGCCCUAUCAGCCGUACAAUCGAGUGCUCCCUGCCAAUUUGACUUCGGCUAUGUUGGACGCAGCAUGCCGCAAACCCGAUGAGAACCGGCACGCUAUCAUCGAGGAAGGCCUGCCUGCGCUUGGAAUUGACCCCAGUAGGAAUGCCUCCACUGCUAGUGACGACAGUCUCUUCAAGGUUGAUCCGGCCAUGUUAUCGGUGCCCACCCGUAUCUUAACCAGGCCAACGAUACUAUACAAGACCGGGCAGCAGGCAAACGUUAACGAAAGCGCCCGAUGGAGUCUAGAACGCCAGAAAUUCUUCAAAACCGCGGGGGGCGAGAUCAAAAUGCAUGUCAUCUUGGAAGGCGAUGAUGGCAGGAAUAAGGUCAUCAAACACGAGGAAAGGUACCUUAAAACACUCAUCAAUAGCAUGUACCAAUACGGUCUCAACGUGGUAGAUGAAUACUCGACUACUUCGUAUGGCUGGCUCGGUUCUGGUGGCUCCCUCAACAGCAACCUCCAACGCGAGCUUGACAAUGCAAAGAAAAAUAGCUGCAAUAUCGUCUGCCUGGUUUUGAGCAAAAAGAACACGGAUGUCUAUUCAGAGUUCAAGAGCAUGGCGGACAGGACGACGGGUGUUCAUACGGUCUGUCUCUGUGAGGAUCGUCUGCUGAAGUUUGGCGAGGUGAAGAAAGAUGUAAUGGAGCACAUCGCUAAUAUCGCGAUGAAGGUCAAUCUCAAAUUUGGUGGUACCAAUCAUUCCGUGGCAGAUAUCUCGUCCUUCCUGAAGGAUACGUUAGUCCUCGGCGCAGAUGUCACUCAUCCCACUGGAGGCUCUGCCAAUGGAACUCCUUCUGUCGCCGCAGUCGUUGGAAGCGUUGACGAAAAUGGAGGCCGGAUGCUAGGAUCGAUGAGACUUCAACAUAAACCAAGAAAUGAAAUGAUCGACGAGAUGGAAUCGAUGGUCAAAGACCGCAUCCAUGCCUGGAAAAAGGAAAACGACGGCAAGUGGCCACAAAACGUCCUGUACUAUCGCGAUGGCGUAUCCGAAUCCCAGUAUUCAGAAGUCCGCAAAACGGAGAUUAAGGCAAUUCGCGACGCUUUUGCGAAAACCGCCAAUUUGACGCCUCGCAUCACUGCCGUGAUUGUGGCUAAGCGGCAUGGAACUCGAUUCUAUCCUACUAGCGAGAAAGAUCUAGUCCGCAGCAAUCGAAACUGCCUUCCGGGAACGCUGGUGGAGAGUGGUGUUACAUCGCCAUACUACUUCGACUUCUACCUCCAAGCUCACAACGGCCUGCAAGGCACCGCAAGGCCUGCUCACUACUUCGUUCUCGAGAACGGCAUGGAUUUUGGCGCGAGGGAUUUGCAGGAUCUUACAUUCCGCCUCUGCUACACCUACGUCCGAGCUACCCUCGGCGUCUCGUACGCUCCGCCGGCUUACUACGCCGACCGCCUUUGCGAGCGUGGCCGCACGUAUCUAAGAGACUACCUCAAUGCGAAGCCACAGACUAAGGGUAAGACGCCGGAUGUUAUCAAGCAGGAGGCAAGGAGCCUGUGGGCUCGUGCGGGGAAUAGUCGCGGAGAUCCUUGGCAUGAGAAUCUUGAUGAUACGAUGUUUUGGAUGUGAAAGCGGUCGGGAUGUGAGAUGGUUGUGUUGCUCAGCUCAUAUGUAGGAAGUGUCUUGACGCUUGUGGCGGCUUAGAGAAGAGUGUGGAGGUGUGAUUUGACGUUUGCAUUUCUUUUGUGCUUUUAGGUAUGGAGUUCUGGGGAGGUCGGGCAUGAUUGCCAUGGGUUUGGGAUAGAGAUUUGAUGAUUUUGGAGUUGGGUCGAAUAGGUAAUGGCUAAAAUGGGACCUUAGAGUGUAUCCUACAGUGGGUGUAUUCGAGUCGAUAAGAUGGUAAUCGUGUAAGCAGUCAUAGGCAAGCUAGGUAUGUCUCUAGGCUAAGCCAC